AUGGCGGCCGACGCUCUUCUUGGGACCUGCCUCGGAGCGCUCGACCUUCUCCUGGAGCUGUCCGAGAACUGCCCCGAUCUCAUGUCGCCCUACGCCAACACCGUCGGCGACCUCGUGUUGGGCGGGGGAGGCCGGACCCUGCACCCGCGGCUGCUGGACAAGGCGGCGAGGUGCCUGGCCGUUUUGACUCGCCAGUCUAAUGGCAUCGGCAUGGUCAACGAGCUCAUGAACCACGUGCAGAAGCAGGUCUUCUUCUUGGGGGCAGGCAGCGGCGGCGGGGGUGGGAGGUUGGGGGGUGCGACGGGGUUUCCAGGAGGGCGGCAGGGGGCUGGUGUACAGGCCGGUCAUGGAAGCGGGCUGGGGAGAUCGGGGGACCCGGACGCUGAGCGCAAGUCGGCGAUCGUGCUGGCGAUGCACUUGAUGAGGGGAGGGGCGCUGGAAGAGCGCGACGAGGAUGCUCUUCUCGGAUGGGCGGUGAGACUCCUUUCCCUCCUCCGCGGCGGCCCCUCCUCCCUCCACACCAUCGCCCUUACCCUGGAACUCCUUGUAACGGCCACCUCCGGCGACCUGUGCUCGCCAGGAGGGCAGGGCGGCAGAAGCGGAAACGACAGCGCCGGGGGCGCUACCAGUGACGGCCGCACAGGCAUCGACCACCGGCGGGAAGGGUGGCGGCGCGCCGGAGCUGCGGCUGCGGGGCGGUGCCUAGCCGGUAUCGGGGUUUUACGUCUCGAAGGAGGCGGCCGGGGAGCCGGCGGCGACGGUGGCGGGGGCGGCGGAAGGGAAGGGUUUCCUCAGUGGCAAGGCCAGGAGGGCGAAGUGGAAGAGGAAGAAGCCCGCCUUUUCGGGGAGGAGCAAGGAAGAGGAGGUGGGGGACACGUGGUUGGGCAAAUGCGGGGGGGACGGGGGCUGGCGCAGACGACGACCCCGUCCUCUCCUGCAAGCGGUGCGACGUUGUGCGUCCGAGACAUGGCGAUAGCCAUGUGGCGAGAGGGCAACACGACCCUGUCCGAGUCCGCCCGGUCCUUGCACAGCUCCUGGUUCGCCGCCAUCACCCUGUCCUGCCGAAACGAAACAAGUUCCGCCGCAGCUUCCUCCGCCGGUGGUGGCGACACGGCCUUCCACAGCAAUGGAACUCCCGCCUCUUCUGCCCAGCACAGAGCCGGCGACAGAAGGGCAGCGACAGGGGGCACGACAGACCGGGUAAACGGGGGGGGCUCUAGCAGCGGGGACGACGCCGACGCAAGGGGGGGGGGCUCCUGGCUCCGGGCACGGCUGAGCAUGCCGGUGUGGCCGUUUUCGGACGAGUCGUACGGCGAUAAGGGGCCGGUAGAAGACAGCGGCGGCUACUGGGGGGUGGGCGGAGGGACGGAUGGGUGGGGCGGGGGGUACUCGCUGUGGAGGAUUCCGACGGUCGAGUGCGCUUGGCAAGGAAAGGAAGGCACGCAGCAGCUGGUGGAAGCGGGCGCGGCGUGCGUGGCCGCCAGGUCCCUCCUGUCGUCCGCCGCGAAAUACCUCCUUGCCCACCUGGCCCCCACCGGAGGUAGCCCGCUGCUGCCCGAGAGAUUUGCGAAGGCUACCAACAACAACAUCCGCAGCGGCGGCGGCGGCGGCAACGACUAUGGCAGCCGCGGAGCACGACGAUGCCACGCCGACGCGGACAGCAGCGAUACCGGAGGCGUAGUCGACCUCGACGCGGGGGAGACAUCAGGCCCGGGGUCCUCCUCUCUCCUCUCCGACCUCGUCUGGCGCUACCUUGAGCUCGGGGCAAGAGGCAGGGUUUGUGUCGCCGCGCUCCGCCGGACCGCGCGACAGGUAGCCGGGAGUGGCGGCGGCAGCGGCGGAGGUAAGGGCGGUGAUUCGGCGGGUGUUAGGGGCUCGGCCGCCUCGACGGAAGGGGAGGAGGAGGAGGAGGAGAGAGCGGCGACGCGGCUUGAGGAAGGGCUGAGCCUGGCUGCGAUGGCAACAUCACCAACGACGGCAUCGUCAUCCCAAGGCGAGGAAGCAACGUCCACCACCAGCGACGGCCGUUACGUGAAGAAGAAAGACGGAGGAUGCCGAUCAGCAGAGAACCGAGCGAUGGCAACCUCCACGACAACAAUGGGGAACCUCAUGAACGGCGUGAAGACGCCUUCUAUCGUGCUCAUGGCGUACGUGGAGCUGCUGAGGACGCUUGUUACACGCCUCGAAAGCGGCGGUGCUCGCGGGGGGGGGGCGGCCGUCGAGGCAGGGGGGGGGGGCGCCGGGGGGGGCGCCGAGGGACCCGCAGGGGUGGCGCCGGGGGUGCGGGCGCUAGACGUGGAGACGCUGUUUCGCAAGACUUUGCCAAUCCUGCGCAAGGCGCAGGCGGCCUCCAAGACCGCCCUCCUCGCCAAGCUCACCCCUCAGAAGCGACGACGAGAAAGCUUGGCCGCCUUGCAAAACAAGAAGACACCCGCGUCUGCUAAUCGACUGGCCGGUCGCACCAGCGGCGGCGGUGGGCGGGCGGCGGCGGCAGCGAGCGCAGAGACAACCAAGCGUCGAACCCGCUCCAUUCACGCCUCCCGCGGCGGGGGGUCUAGGGACACCGCGCGAUGGCUCGGCGGCGACAGUGUGAGGAGGCGGGGGGGGAGAGCGGUUAGCAGUGGGCUUCGAGGGGUCAUGGAGGGCGGAGACAGCGAGAGUGAAGAUGGGCAGGAGGAAGAGGAAGAUGAUGAAGUGUUUUUCUCGGACGAGGACUCUAGGGAUUCUGAGUGGAGUUCUUCGGAGACGGACGACAGUUCCGAAGACGAAGACAGCUCGAGCGACGAAUCGGACCAGGAGGCAGAGGACGAACCCCGUUACCCCCGCACCUCCACCCCCAAGGGUAAGAGAAGAGCGGCGGCGGCGGCGGCGGCAACGACAGUCAAGAAGACGGGGACGGGGGGUCCGUGGAGCGAGACACCCGCUGGCGCCCGCAGGGCCGGCGGCGCGAGCUCUUCCUUCGCCGCUGGCGGCGGCAGGACAGCGGAUGGCGAGGCCAACCCUUGGGAGGGCCUGCCUGGGCUGAGCCUUUGUCAGUUCUGGCGGUACAGGCUGUUGCUGGAGGUGGUGCUGGCGGCGAGAGGGGGUGUCGGCGGUGGGGAGGAGCGCAGCGACGGUGGGGGGUGGGCCGAGCUCCCCCGCACGGAGUUUGUGGAGGUUAUGAAGCAGCUUGCCUCGGCUACCUCUUCUCGUCCGGCCUCGACCGCCGCCAUCGACACGAGCGGCGGCGGCGGCGAUGACCUUUACGAUGCUGAAGAGGCCGUGUUCUCGGAGCUGUCCGAACAGCACGACAGGGCUGAAGACGGACUCUUGGCAGGCAUGGUGGUGGAAGUGUUGGCCGCGCUGUCCGCGGGACUCCCGAGGUCGGAAGAGGGGGCCGUGCUGUCGUGGAAGGGGCUGCGUGCGGUGUAUCCCCGGGGUUACGGCGCCGGCUACUCGCACAUCGGAGGGGUCGUUGGGGGCCUUCGAAGUCGUCUCCGGGGACAGCUACAGUUUCCCCCGCACAUGGGAAACGCCUCCGCGAUGCUCUCGAGGACCGGUUUGCCCGCCCUACCGUUCCUGCAGCACGCGUUCCUGACGCACUGGGCGCUGUCCGGAAGGAUGGGGAGGGCGUGGGGUGUAGCGGCCGCCGUGGUCGACGUGGAGGCGUUCGUGCUGGGGAAGACAGGUCCAACCUGCAAGGGCAGCGAGGAACCUGCCUCCAGGCAGCAGUCGUCGUCGGCCAGACACAAGGCGACGCCCUCCUCUUCCUCUUGGUCGUCAUCGCCGCCGACGCCGACGCCGACGCCCGUCCUCUCCCAGGAGAACUUCGACGUCUUCAUGGCCACCUUGGUGAAGCUGUUGCCUGCAAGCCUCGCCCUGGCAGCGCCGCAAACACCACCGGCGGGACCCCCAGCAUCAAGUGUCCAAGGCGGCGCGACAGGUAGCUGUGUGACGGGUAGGGGAGUCAUCUGCGCUGAAGGUGGAUCCAGAGCAAGGGGGUCCAUCCCCGGGGUUUCCAGCAGCCCUUACGAGGAGCUGGAGUGCCUCGGCAUGGUGCUGGAGUGCCUGGUGGAAGCGUGCAUCGAGAGCUUGUACAACGGGGCGUGGUGCGUGAAAGGAUAA